AUGGAAGAAGAUAAUAUUUCUCUUCAAAGGCUCAAUAUAAAUGAACCAACAGAAAUAUCGCCAUCUUCAUAUCUACCCAAUACAACAGCAACAACAACAACUCCCACAAAUAGUGAUCUACCUAUAUUAGGUAGAAAAGCAGCUAAAAGUUUGCGUAUCUUUAAAAAUAUUCAUAAUGAAGAUGAUGAUCAAGCAAAAACAGAAAAAAUUCAAAGUACAAGUACAAAUCAUCCACCAGUAGAUUCAAAUAUUGAUUUAGAACCUGUUUCAUCAGCUACUUAUUAUCCACAUACACCUAUAGAUUUUGAAUCAGUACUUCCCAAAGAUUUAUCAGAACCUAUACAACCUAUAACACAACAUUUAACCGCAAAUUUAGAAUUUGAUCAUAAUUUAAAUGGUGAUAUAACGAAUUUAUUUUCGUUUGAAAAUGAAGACGAUAAUAUUCAUGUGCAAUUUCCAUUAACUGUUGAAUUAAGACCGUUUAAAAAUAAAGUUGGUGGUCAUACAGCUAUAUUUUCAUUUUCUAAACAAGCUGUUUGUAAAGCUUUAGUAAAUAGAGAAAAUAUAUUUUAUGAAACUAUUGAAAUUAAUCAUCCAAAUUUAUUAAAAUUUAUGCCAAAAUAUAUUGGUGUAUUAAAUGUACGAUAUUCAAGUGUUAUAAAUGAAUCAUCAGAAACAAAGAAUUCUUCAAAUGAAAGUUUACCACCAGAAGUUUUAUUGGAUGAUAAUAAACAUAUAAUACCAAAUACUUUGUGGAAACAUUUAAGUCAUUCACCAAAAUUAGAAGCAACCACAUCACCAAAAUUGGAAAGUUCUUCACCAGGAUCAACUACUAUAAAUAGAGCAUUACAAGCUGAAAUUUUAAAAGAUUUAAUAAUAAAUGGUCAUACAAAUGAUAGAGAACCAGAUUUGAAAAAGCAUACAAGAUUUGAAAGGUUUAUAUUACUUGAAGAUUUAACUUCAAGUUUGAGAAAUCCACUGGUUUUAGAUUUAAAAAUGGGUACAAGACAAUACGGUGUCGAUGCAAAUGAAUCUAAAAUGAAAUCUCAAAGAUUAAAAUGUGUAAAAACUACAUCUAGGAAAUUAGGUGUUCGGAUUUGUGGUUUACAAAAAGUUACAAAAGAGGGAAACAUUUAUCUUAAUAAAUAUUUUGGUAGAAAACUUGAUAAGAAUCAAUUUGUUAAAUUAUUAGCAUUUUAUUUAUUAAAUGAACAACAAGAUAUUUUAAAGAAAAUUGAUAGUGCAAUUAUACAACUACAGCAAUUGAAAUAUAUAGUAUCACAGUUAAAAGGAUACAGAUUAUAUGGACUGUCAAUUUUAUUUUUGGAAUCAGCAGAUCAAGAUUUAUCUAUUAAAAUUAUUGAUUUUUCAAAUUCAAUAACUGAUUUUGAAAAGGGUAAACAUUCUUUCCCUAUGAAAAAUCCUUCAUUACCUGAUUUAGGUUAUAUAAAAGGUAUAGAUUCAAUAAUUAUUUCCUUAAAGAUUAUAUCACUGACAUUUUCAUCAAAUUAUGAUCAAGCUAGAGAAUCACUUUUAAAUUUGAAAAAUACAGAUUUUAAUUUAACUAAUGAUGACGAAAUUUUUAAAUUUCCUGAUUUACCAGAAGAUGACGAAGGUAUAUCAGAUUAA